AUGGCGCCCGAAAUCGCCUCUCGAAUCACGGAGCAGGAUCUCCAAGAAUGUCUUCAAGCCCUCCAAAACACCCGUGAAAUCUGCUUGCAGAUAGUAUCACAAGACCGCGCUCGCGCCACCACCACCAACUCAUCUCAAAAGCCACCAUCCCCAGAAGACCGUCUCAAAUCUCAAAAGCAACUAUUCGCCGCCAUAUCCCGUCUACGUUCCCUCCACCGGACAGCAUACAUGACCGUCCGACAAACAAAACAAACAACCUCCGAAGCUCGUCAAGAACAAGAUCGAUUACACCUUCAAUUGCAGAAUUUAUACUACCAACAACGUCAUCUACGCGGUGAAAUCGACGCGUGUUUGGAUUUUCAGCAUACUUAUGAGGAUAUUCCGCUGGUGGAUCAGGCGGAUUAUCUAGCUAGACAUCCUGAACAUGAGGAUAUGGAUCCACACGAGCUUAUGAAGCUGAGGUUAGCGGAUGAAAGAGCUGUUCGGGAAGAGUUGGAGACUCAAAGGAAACAGUUGAUUACAAAGAAACAGGCUUUGAUAGCAGAGAAUAAGAAGCGGAAGGAGGAUCUGGCGAGUUUGGAUGAGCAUUUGAAAAAGUUUAUUGAGAGUUCGAAACCGAUCCAAGAGACGUUUAAGAAGGAGUACUAA